AUGCACUGGAUGACGACGAACGCACGCUUCAAGCGCGUGUGGGCCGAGGCGUACCGCCGGGUGAAUGAGCAGUUUGCAGAUGUCAUCCUCACGGAAGCCACGCCGAUGGACCUCGUAUGGAUCCAUGACUACCACCUCUUCCUGGUCCCGCAGAUGCUGCGCAAGAAGCGCGAUAUCAAGCUGGUACAGGCAGAGGCGGAGAAGUCUGGCCUCGUUCAGCUCGAGAGACCAGGCCAUUUGCCACCGGAGCUGCCGCACGCGGACGCUGACGUGCGGCACGUAAAGCGGCCGGAGGGCCUCCCCAGCACCCCAGAGGAUGCAGAGUCAGAAGCACAGCCGGCAGCUGCACACUCUACCAGCGAGACCUUCGAGGAGCCAAUGUCUUCACAUUCGCCGAAGGCUGAGCGCCAUGCCUUCAAGUCCUGCACGGAUCGCUUGACUUUGCUUGGGGAGGAGGAGCCUCCGGCGGAGGAGGACUCAGCCGAAAAGCCUGGCAGGGAUGGCUACCCAAAUGCAUCGACGAAGAAGAUGCGGCGAAGCAUCACGCAAGUGGAGAUGGCAAGCAAGCUGCGAAUUGCUUUCUUCCUUCACACGCCCUUCCCAGGGUACGAGGUUCUGUGUGUGCUGCCCCAGUGUGUCGAUGUGGUGGAGGGCGUGCUGGGUGCUGACUUGGUUGGCUUCCAUACCUACAACUACUUGCGUCAUUUCCGGUCGUGCGUCAUCCGUCUUUGCGGCUUCACGCCGGACAUCGACCAUGUAGACCAUCGGGGUCAAAGAACACAUUUGGGCGUUUUCCCUAUUGGGGCGAAUGUGAAUGAUAUCAUGGAUGCCAUGAAGACGGAGACUUUCGCGCAGCACUUGAAGGAGUACACCGAGCAAUUCCAAGGCAAGAGCUUGGUUCUCAACGUGGAGCGCUUGGACUACUCCAAGGGCCUUCCGCAAAAGCUGGCAGCCAUCCAGAGAUACCUGGAGGAGGCGAAGAAGAGUGCAGAAGAUGAGGAUGCACAGCGGACAGACCGCAUCGAGGAGCUGCAGAAACGCAUCGAUCGGCUCGACAAGCACAAGGCGAACCGCGGGCUCGCAACAUCCAACUUGCGGCGCAUAGGUGCGAAUGUUAUGAAAAUGCUCAUGGGAGACUUCGAGCGGCCGGCACUGGAGACAGAGUUGGAUCACAACAAGACCGUCUUCGUCUUCAUAGCCGUUCCCAGCAGGCGAGACGUGGAGGAGUACCAGAAGAUCGAGGAAGAGGUGCACCGAAGCAUCAGCACCAUCAACGGCAACUUUUCUACACUCUCGCAUCAGCCGAUCGUCUACAUCCACCGCGGUGUCCCCAUGCCAGAACUGGCCGCCCUCUAUGCGCGAGCUGACUGCUGUCUCGUGACGCCGCUCAUCGACGGAAUGAACCUGGUAGCCAAGGAGUUCAUUGCUGCCAAAGACCGCAGCAUAGACAAAGUGGUGCCAGGCACGGUCGUCCUUUCCGAGUUGGCAGGGGCGGCGCAGGAGCUCUUCGAUGCCAUUGUCGUGAACCCCUACGAUGACGAUGCUGUUGCAGAUGCCAUCGCAAUUGGUCUGGAGCUCACCCGCGGAAACUGCUUGAGCGAGGACCAACGCUGGGAAGUCACCGAACGCAUGCGGCAAUCCAUCAUCGAAAACGACUCUGCAGCUUGGGGGCGCAGCAUGCUGGCGGAGCUGGAGAAUCCUUUGCAGGGCUCGCGCAUCGCACGACCCGAGAGACUGGCCAUGCAGUACUUGCAGGACCCGGCUGAGAUUGCCGCAAGAGGGGCUUACUUUCCCGGUGUUGCAGUUGGAUCAUGA